UCCUUCUCUCUCUCUCUCUCUCUCUCUCUCUCUCUCUCUCUCUCUGUGAAACUUCCAAUUUACAGAGCUGCUUCUUCUCUGUCUUUCUCUCUCUCUCUCUGUGAAACUUCCAAUUUACAGAGCUGCUUCUUCUCCACUGUUUCACCACUACCUCCAAUUCAUCGUCCCACAACUUCUCCUUCUUCUGAGUGAUGGGUGUGUGCAGCCGCUGUUCCCACACUUCCCACAUCACAGAAAUCAUCAUCACCAGCUUCUUCCGCCACAAAGCGUGAUUCUUUCUAAACCCUGAGCUUCGGAUCACUUACCAUCCAAAAAACCAAGCUGUGAUGUUCGCUCGAGCAGCUUAAUAAUCACAUAGUAAACAAUACUAAUUCGUCGGAGUGUUGACUGUAAACAUGUCCGGCGGGAGGGUCUACGGCGGCGGAAGUUCGUCCGGCCUGAGUGCUUUGUUUCAGAACCAGAGGGGUUCUGAGCGUCUUGAUUCUCUAUUCCUUUCUGAGUCAUCAAAUUCUUCGUCUGCUUCUUUUCUCGGUUCAAGAUCGAUGGUGAGUUUCGAAGAUGUUCGUGGAGGAAGUGGAUCGAAUAGGUCAUUGUUCCGCCAGUAUGAGCACGAAGAUAACGGGGACGAUGACUUGGAUGAGUAUCUCCAUCAACCUGGGAAGAAGAGGCGGCUAACCGCUGAUCAAGUCCAGUUUCUCGAAAAAAGCUUUGACGUGGAAAACAAACUGGAACCGGAGAGGAAAGUCCUGCUUGCAAAGGACCUUGGCUUGCAGCCUCGGCAGGUUGCGAUAUGGUUCCAGAACCGCCGCGCAAGGUGGAAGACAAAACAGCUUGAGAAGGAUUAUGAGGAGUUGCAAGCCAACUACAAUAAUCUCAAGGCUGAUUGUGAAAGCCUUUCCAAGGAGAAUGAUAAACUAAAGGCCGAGGUUACUGUCCUCUCAGACAAGCUGCAUCUCAAAGAGAAAGAGGGGGGAAAUUCAGAACUAUCUGAUACCAACAGAUUAUCUCAAGAACCGCCGCAGAAGCCAAUUGCUGACACGGUCUCUGAAGGCGAAGUAUCAAAAGUCUCAGCUGUGGCCUCCAAGCAGGAAGAUCUUAGUUCAGGCAGGAGUGAUAUAUUUGAUUCAGACAGCUCACAUUACACGGAUGCAGUUCACUCUUCACUCUUGGAGCCUGGUGAUUCUUCGUAUGCUUUUGAACCUGAACAGUCUGACCUUUCCCAAGAUGAAGAAGAUAACUUUACCAAAAGCCUGCUGCCUCCAUACAUCUUCCCAAAGAUUGAAGAUGUUGAUUACUCUGAUACGCCUGCGAAUUCAUGUAAUUACGCAUUCCCGGUGGAAGAUCACGCCUUUUGGUCCUGGUCUUACUAAGUUUCUUCUGGCAAAUCCGAAUCCCCGGGGUAUUACCAUCUUUGUUUAAAGUAUGGCAUAGAAGUGAAAAUAAGUCCAAGCAAAACGGCGCACCCCGAUCCCGAUGUGGUGGUGGGAACAAGGUUUCAAUAGAUGGUGGUUUUUGCCCCGUUGUAAUCUUGUUUUUCAUGGGGCUCUUAAUUAGUGCUUAAUGGACCAUUUUUGUAUGGAAUUUCAUGUAAGUAAAUAAAGUUCUCUUGUUAAGGAA